GUCUCUGCAAACAAAGGGGAGAUCGGCGACGCGACGCCCUUUAACGACGCCGUCAACGUGCAGAAAGUUUCCAACCUGCUGUCGGAAUACGGAUACCACCUGAGAGGAAAUGAGGUUCUGUAUAAUGGCUUCACGGGGAGGAAGCUGACGUCCCAGAUCUUCAUCGGACCCACGUACUACCAGCGCCUCAAACACAUGGUGGACGACAAGAUCCACUCGAGGGCCAGGGGCCCGGUCCAGAUCCUCAACAGGCAGCCAAUGGAGGGCCGGUCCCGUGACGGCGGUCUGCGGUUCGGUGAGAUGGAGAGAGAUUGUCAGAUCGCUCACGGCGCGGCUCAGUUCCUCAAAGAGCGUCUGUUCGAGGCGUCUGAUCCGUAUCAGGUGCACGUCUGUAACCUGUGUGGACUGAUGGCCAUCGCCAACACACGCACACACACCUACGAAUGCAGAGGCUGCCGCAACAAGACCCAGAUCUCGCUGGUGCGCAUGCCGUACGCCUGUAAGCUUCUCUUCCAGGAGUUGAUGUCGAUGAGCAUUGCGCCUCGUAUGAUGACGUCAUAGUGGCUCGGCCAAUCGGACGCCUCCGUGCAGACUUUACCUUUGAGGUCAGCAGGAAGUGUGCUUGUAAUGUUUUUACAGUUUCCUGUCUUUUGUUUUUUGUAUGAAAAUAAAGCUGAUGAAGUUUCUGA